AUGCGAACGGUAGAGGUGAGGCAACGGAAGAAGCCAAAUGGCACAGAAACAGAAGAGAGAGCUCCCGAAGAAGGAAAUGAAGAAAACAAAAAGCCCAAAAAAUCUCCGAGGUAUGAUUUAAUUCCACGUUUUGCAAAGCUUUUCUUCGGCUGUGUUGCAGCCAUCGUCAGUGGAAUGAUGUAUGCCAUGUACCUUUCAACAUACCAUGAACGCAAAUUUUGGUUCUCUGGCAGGCCGGUGUUUAUGAACUUACCCGUGACAACAGAACUCUGUCAUUGAAGACCAUGAAUGCAGUGCAAAAAAUGACCUUAUAUCC